AUGGACCAGAAAUUGUCAAACGUAGGCACUGGCCUGGUCGGCGCCCCUGCCUGUGGCGAUGUCAUGAAGUUGCAAAUUAAGGUCAACGACAAGACUGGAAUCAUAGAAGAGGUCAAAUUCAAAACUUUUGGCUGUGGCUCAGCUAUCGCAUCUUCUUCCUUGAUGACUGAAAUGGUAAAUGGUAUCUCGCUGGACGAGGCUCUAAAGAUUAAAAACACUGAGAUCGCAAAAGAACUAUGUCUACCCCCUGUGAAACUACAUUGUUCCAUGCUCGCUGAAGACGCAAUCAAAGCAGCAAUCAAUGACUACAAAUCUAAAAGAACUUUAAAGAAAAACACUCUAACCAAUUAG